UUAAACCCUAUUGGAGUCAUCUGAUCACCAGAACGGUAAAACAAGUUUUAUGGUCUUUCGUCAUCAUCAACAUCAUCAUUCAAGACUUUAUAGGACUUGGUUUUAGUCAUACGCCAUGGCUACAGGGAGCUGCUGCGGUUUGACACCAUCGCUGUUUCCUCGCAAGCCAUAUGGAUUUGAUCAGGCAAUGAAACGCUAUGAGAAACCCAAGAAGCUAUCCAAGAAUCCGAAGGAAGAGCAAGGCAUGACAAUAGGUAGCAGAUUUGGUUAUACCUGCAGCAACUUGAUUUUGUUGAUGGAGCUCCGAAAGAAGAUCAUGACCUUUCGGGACAUCAUUGAUCUACCUCCAUGCGAUGGCUCAGCAUCCAUAAAUGAGCUGGUGAUGGGCACAAUGCAAGAUCUCCAAAAGUUUUACCCUGAAAUUAUGCCAAGUAAUCGACUGUCAGAAACUAAGGGAGUAUCUGUAGAUCAGGGUCUAGCUUACUUCGUCGGGGCUUUGAAGUCUAUUGGAGAUUCAUGGAUGUUGAAUCAUGGUUGGAUGGACAAAUUUAAUUAUAAUUUAUCAUCAUAUAAGGAGAACAUCAGUCCUGAGGAACUUGUUGAGUUUGUCGUGGAAGCACUGGAUUGCAUGAUUAAGAUGGCACGAGAAAGGUUCGAUAUCAUGGAUGAAGAUGACCAGAAAAAGGACAAUAGUAACGCAUUUGAUAAAAUCUUGCUGGAGUCCUAUUCAGACAACAACACCUCCUGCUGUCAUUCUCCAGCUUCUCCAGUCACCCCGACCUCAGUACUUUCAGAUCAAUCAUCCACUGCUUAUACGAAAUCUGGAGAGAAAGCAAACAUUUCCUAUAACCCACCUAUUCUCUGGUCUCUCAGAGUUCGAGCAGUGGGAAAACUGAACCAAGUUGAUGCAAAGCGCCUCUCACUCAACACAUUAUCAAGUGUAGGAGGCUGUGAUUCCAGCGCUUUGAGUGUAAACAAAAAGGUUGAUGAACCAAUGACACGGGUGGAAGAAAAGAGCAAUUUUGGAUUGACAACUGCCAAUCAUGAAACCAGAGAUAGACCAGAACUUCCAUCAAAUGCUGUACCAACCAGACUAUACCCUCCUCCGCCACCACCGCCACCACUACCACCCAUGGCAUCACAAACAAUAAAAGCAGCUCCACCUCCUCCGCCGCCCAUGAUGCCUUCUAAAGGAGUAGCACCGCCUCCUCCGCCGCCCAUGAUGCCAUCUAAAGGAGUAGCACCACCGCCACCGCCGCCCAUGAUGCCUCUGAAAGGAUCAGUGCCAUCACCAUUACCCAUGCCACUUGCAAAUGGAGCUGCAUUUCCACCACCUCCUCCACUUGUUGGAGCAAAAUCCUUGCGCCCCAAAAAAGCAACUACUAAAUUGAAGAGGUCAUCCCAAAUGGGUAAUUUGUACCGGGUUCUUAGGGGGAAAGUGGAAGGAUCUAAUCUUGACGGUAAAUCAUGUAACGGGAGAAAGAGUGCGAUUGGUGCCUGCAGUGCUGGUGGAAAACAAGGACUGGCUGAUGCUCUAGCAGAGAUGACAAAAAGAUCAGCAUACUUCCAACAAAUUGAAGAAGAUGUUCAAAAGUAUGCAAAAUCAAUAACGGACCUGAAGCUUACCAUUAAUACUUUCCAAACAAAGGACAUGGCUGAGCUGAUCAAAUUCCACAAAACCAUUGAAUCCAUUCUUGAGCAUUUAACUGAUGAAUCACAGGUGUUAGGAAGGUUCGAAGGCUUCCCUGUAAAGAAGUUGGAAACGUUAAGGACAGCAGCAGCCCUCUACUCAAAGUUGGAUGCCAUAGUCACUGAACUGCAUAGUUGGAAGAUAGUGGCUCCCUUGGGUAAGCUGCUUGACAAAGUUGAAUGCUACUUCACUAAGAUCAAAGGAGAAGUGGACGCAAUAGAACGAACCAAAGAUGAAGAGUCCAAGAAAUUUCAGAGUCACAAUAUUGAUUUCGACUUCCAUAUCCUUGUAAGAAUCAAAGAAGCAAUUGUAGAUGUUUCCUCAAGCUGCAUGGAGUUGGCUCUAAAGGAGAGGAGGGAAGCAAAGGCAUCAGAGAAUAAAGAACCAGGACCGAAAAGUGACGCACGAACAAAGGGAUGUGCCAAAUUGCUGUGGAGGGCUUUCCAAUUUGCAUUUCGGGUCUAUACUUUUGCUGGUGGACACGAUGAUCGAGCUGACAAGCUGACAAGAGAAUUGGCUCAUGAAAUAGAGAAUGAUCCUCACCACCAGUGACUUAUUUUCUACUUUCGUGGCCACUUCAAAAACCACACAAUAAUAUAUUCCAGACAUAUACUUUACAUAUUUUGUGAGAUAUCUGUCGAAACGAUGUUCGUGCUGAAGGCUGGCAUCUGUGUGCCGGCCAUGUAAAUCCUACAAUAUAUGUUUUGUUAAAAUACAUAAAAUAAUUUUGAAAAAAAGAUCAAAUUGGUACUUCAA